AUUCACUAUACUAUAAUAGUUUAUUUACUGACUAUUACACUAUUAUUACACUAACACAUCUGAGUGGAAAAGGUUGUUAGCGGUGCACUAGUGGAGAUAACAACAUCACAUCACUGCUAACAAAAAAGAAGACUUGAUACGGAUAUAUUUUACAGUAGAAGUCAGUUGAGUGAAGUUAUGCGCAUACGGCACCCGAAAUUCGACAGUCCCAUUGAAUCGCCGUCAACAACUAAUGAAAUGAGAAAACAUUUAAUCAGUUCAUCUCAAGGAUCUUCUUUUAAAAUGACAGAAUCACAACAGUGUAAAUCAAGGCAAAGUUCACCGCGUCUUUCUUCCACUGAUGGACACGUGUCAUCAAUAUCUGGCAUGUCAGAAUCUGGUGAAGAUCCAACCAAUACCUACCUAAAUCCGGAUUUUACUGACCCACAAUUAAUGACAAAAAGUGACUCAGUUGGUCCAAGUCCUCUGGCCCUCUUGGCUCGUACAUGUCAAAAUAUUGGUAAUAUAAUGGAUUGUGGAGUUAUUUCCAACAGAUUUAUUUCGCCUACAUCAAGUGCAGCACGUAAACAGUCAAAUAUUUGUCCUCUGCAAUCCACAAAUAGUAAGACUAUCAAUAACAAUAUAUCUAAGUCAAAUAAAUCCAAAGGAUCUAUUCCGAAUGAAAUUAAUUCAGUGUCAUUCAGUAGGCGAAAUGUACCUUCCAAAUACUUCUCUGUUAGUGAAAUUUCAAAAGUAAAUACAAUGCCUAAUUUUGGAGGAAGCGAUCCACAGAACUCUAUCUUAAAUGCUGCUGUCAAAGCAUCCCGUGUUACUGAUUCCACAGUAAAACCUUCAACGUCACACCAGAAUUCCAACAGACAGUCAUCUCCUAUUUCUGUGCCCUCCAGUUUGUUCCCCCAGGUGAAUACAGUAAAAAUGGACUCUUCGAUAACAUUUAACAAUAAUUUCCUAAAGUCUGAUGAUACACAUCAAACAUCGAAUGCUCUUGCUCAGUUGGCCAGACUAUCUUCCAGUUUCUCAUUACCUGAAAAUCCUAAAUUAAGCUUUACAAAUUUAAAAAGUUCUACUAAUCUUUCAGAUAAUAGAAACCAAUGGAUUGAUACAAACAAUAAUAUUAAUAGUAGUCAAACACAAUAUGACCUACAGUCAUUAAAACGAACGAAACGACGUGCUAAUUCUAAUUCUAAAUUUCCUUCCACACCUGAAGAGUGCACCUCACCAAAUUCAGCGAAAAGAUAUAUGAAGGAUGAUAAUUAUCCAUCCUUUUGGAACCCUGUAAAUUCCUAUCCAAAUAAUCGAGAUUCUGAUCAUUCACAGAGUGAACUGGAAAACCCUCUUGGUAUCAGCAUUUCACCAAAUAUGACAACUAAUGUUAUGAAUAACCCAUCACAGUCAGCAAACUGGGCUAAUAUUUUUAAAUACAAUGAACAAUUACUUGCAUAUAAAGAAACUUCAAAUAUUAUGCAUAACAAAGAUACACAAGAGAAAUUUUCUUAUCAUCUAGCUCGUAGUUUCUUAGACUUUUUUUACGGAAAGCUAGCCAGCUCCAUGAACUCUGAGUCGCACAACUUUUCUACUACCAAGCAUAAUCCGCUUUAUAAAGAAAAUGAUCAAAAGACAACAAAUCAUUCCUUUUCAGAAAAUGAACGUAGACCGAUGGAUUGGUUAGAUAAUGCCAACUUACUGAACAGACAACAAACAAGUGUACCAGUUAAUCCGUCAGUACAUCAUUCUUCAUCAGCACCUUCUAAUUCAUUUCCUUGUUUAUUAUGUGGUCAGGCUUUUCACAGUAAUGCUGACUUAUGCGCUCAUGUAUAUACACAUUUACUGACAUUCCACGAAACAAAAAAAUCAAAUAAUUCGGAGCCUGUUCUAAAACUUUUGCACUCUGAGUCUAACCAACUUCGAAAUAGGCAGAAUGGUGUAUUCAGUGAACAAAGGAAUAGUGAUGUACGUACACCUUUCUUUUUGCCACCACCGCCAAUUCUACCUCCACCGCCUUUAUCUGUUGUGAGUACUAGUGCCCCUGGCAUCCCGUCAACCUGUUCUAUGAAUUAUAAUGUCGCACAAUCUUUCUCGACAACUGACCCAUCAAACCAUUCAUCUAGUCCUUCAGAUUCAAUGUAUUUGUUUCAGUCUUACUUAUCUCAGUGGCUUGCCCAUUUCAGUAACUCCAGUUCAAACUACCAACCCAAUGAUACAACAAAUUAUAAUCCAAUAACAAAUUCAUCUUGGACAUCAGACACAGUAGUAACGAACAAGUCAAGUGAGUAUGAAAACUGGCAGGGCAUUUUAACUGCUUAUCUGCAUUCUUUAAAAGAAUCUGCAUCAAUUUCAACAACGACUUCAGCAUCAGAAAUGCAGUUACCGUCAACAGGUGCAACAAUGAACACUGCCUCUCCGCUAACACUUCCUUUACCGCACUCACUCCAUAGGACUGAAAAUCCCAGUUACUAUGAUGUCCUAUUUGGCUCAAAGUCCUACAUAACACCUUUUCCACAAAGUUAGCGCCACUUCAUUUUUGUAUACGCUAUAUAAGUACACGAACAUUCACAUCUAUACUUCUCAAUUUAUUCAUUUCAAAGUAUCUUUUCUUUAUUAUCUUUGUUUUAUUUCCAAAAGUUAGCUUUAUUGCCGGUAAGUGAUAAAUAAACACUGAGUGAAAAUGAUUAGAGAGAGGUUGCAAGUCAACUUAUACCAACAAUCUGUGAUUUUGUUUCCAGGAGAAAGUUGUACCUAUUCAUUACCAUUUAAUGUGAAUAAUUCUUAUCAUAAUGAAAACAAUAUUAAUAAUAAUAAUAAUUAGCACUUACAGAACAAACAGACUGUGCAAAAUAAUGAAUCAUAAUCAUGUACACAAUUUUAAAUUUAUUAACUUAUUUUCAAAAUAAAUCUUUAUUACCUGUAAGUGAAGUUCUAAACGUCUUUUUCAACAAAAAAGAAGGGAAAACAUCUCAGUGGGGCAAUAUGUCGCAUUUUUCCUACGUAACUGUCCUGUCCCUCGUAGGGGGGGGUGACAGCGAUUAAAUGUUAUUUCUGUACCGACUGGCCUGAUUAUCUUGCAG